AUGACAACAGCGGUUCAGCAACAUGUGGAAGAGAGUUUCGACAUUCAUGAGGAUUUGAGGACGGAGGAUACGGAGAUGAUGGCGGAGGAGGAACGCACCGAAGAGGCUGCGCCAAUGGAAGAUGACGAGGGCGUUCGAGAGUUUCAGCAGUACCAAAAUCGUCACAUGCAACAACGGCAUCCUCCUCAACAACAGCCUGAACCUGAACCUGAACCCCAAGAGGACGAAGAUGAGGAGCCAGAAGAGGAGGAAUCUGAAGAAGAAACCGUGGACCGCAGUGUUCAAGCAGACAUGGAUAAACUGCAAAGUGACUUCCCUGGCUUUCGAAAUCGGUACCGCUUGAUUAAACGUAUCGGUGAAGGAACCUUCUCGACUGUUUACAAGGCAGAGGAUAUAAUGUACGAUCACUACGAUAACAGCUGGGAUUACGAAGAAGACUCGUCAAAGUGGACACCGCCUCCAAGUUCAACUGAAAGCCCUGUUCGACGUCCUCGUCGCAAGGCACGAUACGUCGCCAUCAAGAAGAUUUACGUCACAUCAAGUCCGUCGCGCAUUUUGAAUGAGCUGGAACUUCUUCACGAUCUUCGUCAAUGUCCCUCUGUUUGCCCUCUGAUCACCGCCUUUCGAGAAACAGACCAAGUCGUUGCUAUUCUCCCAUACUUCCGACACGGAGAUUUCCGAACGUACUUUCGCGACUUGACUGUCCCCGAAAUCUCUAUCUAUCUGCGUGAACUCUUCACUGCUCUGAAGAGUGUGCACGACCACAAGAUCCUUCACCGAGAUAUUAAGCCUACGAACUUCCUUUACGACCAAGGUACCCAGCGAGGAGUUCUUGUUGACUUUGGUCUUGCUGAAAGAGAAGGCUCUGACGCCAAGCCUUGCCUCUGCCAUGAAAGCCGAGAGGUCCGCAAGCAUCGUCAAGCAAACUCAGUAUGGGCCCAGAAUGCUGCCACGCCCCAAACUGGUUAUCCCAAGUCCGACACACGUUCAUCCCGUCGCGCCAACCGUGCAGGUACUCGAGGUUUCCGUGCUCCUGAAGUACUCUUCAAAUGUACGGAGCAAAGCACAGCCAUCGACAUCUGGUCCGCAGGUGUUAUCCUCCUCACAAUUCUGUCCAAGAGAUUCCCCUUCUUCAACUCAGCAGAUGACGUUGAAGCCAUGAUUGAGAUAGCAACCAUCUUUGGCUCCAAGCGCAUGAAGGCUGCAGGUCUACUCCAUGGAUGUGUCUUUGAAACGAGCAUCCCUACUGUCGGUCAGGGAGGCUUCUCGAUGGAGAAGAUCAUCAUGUGGAGCACAUGUCGAGGAGAGGACAAGCCUUUGACACCAGACGAGAAGAUGGCUAUUGGCUUUCUCGAGUGGUGCAUGGAGCUGGACCCUAGCAGGAGAAUUACAGCUGCUGAAGCACUAGAACAUGAGUUUCUUCAGCUUGGCGAAUUGGAGGCUGAACAAAGGGCAUACAACGAGGAAUUGGCAGCGGAGUACUGA